AUGGCGGCUACAAGCAGCUCUCCGAUACAAAAUACCCAAUCUACAGUAGUCGGCAACACUCCGUCUACAUUAGCAUCUUCACCGCCACAAUCACACGUGCUGGACCUGAGCAACGAGCCACCGAUCUUUGUGUCGAGUACGCACUUCCUUCUUGAUGACCUUCACGAACUCGAGGAGGAUUUGGCUAGCGCCGGAGCACACAUCACCUACGAUAUCGACGAGGCGGAAAUCGUGUUGAGCAAAGUCAAGCAGAAGAAGCGUAGUCAGUUCGAUCUCAGAGGCAAAGGUCUUGUGACACGAGAUGCCGAUGAAGAAGCCCGUGACACGCAGGCUGUGGGCGAGAAGCGCAAGCGUGACGAGGCUGGCAGUCCGGAGGCACACGAUCACGAGGCUGCAGCCGUCGUCAUUGAUGACUCCAGCACAGCGUCCGACAAUGAGGCUGGUCCCAGGAAGAAGCCCGAGAAAGCCCCUAAGAGGUCCUCUCGCCGCAGUCGAGUAUCUACAGCUCACACGACUGACACACCGCCGGCAAGUGCUACGUCAGGCCGCAUUGUCAAAGUUGUCAAGAUAGAGUGGUUCACCGAAUCAAGGAACCGUGGUCGCGUGCUUCCUCUGAACGACUUUUUGACGUACACGGGUGUAUGCAUUGAGCCGCAACAAGGCGUGGGGACACCAAAGAAGAAGAAGCUCGCCCUGCAUCCAGCAACUAAGUUGACCGCUUCUUCACGAGACGCCACACCAACCACGCCAACACCUGUAAACUCAAUCUUGCAGCGGGCGCAAGAAGAUGCUCCGCAAGCGGGCAGCCGAGAUCGCUUUGGCAGACGAAACUACCACCAUCCACAUAUCGUAACCCCAUCUGCCAAUCCAUCGAGCUGGGAAGCUGGACACGGUACGAAUGCGAAAUAUGCGCAUCUUCUGCAGGAGACGACGACCGAGCACGACGAAGGCUUGUCCAGUGACAUACCUGAGCCGCCGGAGUGGGUCAAGAAAGGUGUGAAGUACGCCUGUCAGCGAGUGACCCCCAGAGACAGUCCGAAUGAAGCCUUCCUCGCACUUUUGCAGGAGAUCAAGACGGCAAGGUUAUUGGUCAACGAUGAGAUUGGCGUCAGAGCAUAUAGCACGUUCAUCGCCUCGCUUAGAGCCUAUCCCUUCAAGAUCAGUCAUCCUCGAGAGCUUCUUAAUUUGCCUGGGUGCGAGCAGAAGCUGGCCAACCUUUGGAUUGAGUGGAAGAAUAGCGGCACGAUCAAGGCUGUGGAAGAAUUGCGAGCCGACGAGGACCUUAAACAUCUUCGCCUAUUCUACGACAUCUGGGGCGUCGGCGCUACCACUGCGAGAGAAUUCUACUUCGAGAAGGGCUGGCGAGAGCUAGACGACAUCAUCGAAUAUGGCUGGAAAUCACUCUCUCGUGUUCAGCAGAUCGGCGUCAAGUUCUAUGAUGAGUUCCAAGACCUCAUACCUCGAGCUGAAGUUGAAGCAAUUUGCGAAGUGAUUCGCCAGCACGCCGUGAAAGUAUGCGAUGAGGGAAUCAAGAUCAUGAUAGUGGGCGGCUAUCGACGCGGAAAAGAGGCCAGUGGAGAUGUCGACGUCGUUGUGUCUCAUCCCGAUCACGAAAAGACUCAAAACCUAGUGAACAAAAUCGUAGACAGCUUGGAGGAGGCUGAGUACAUCACCCACGUUCUCUUGGUCUCCGAGAAUGCCUCAAAGCGUGGACAAGAAACACUGCCAUUCCGUGCUGACGGCGGUGGUCACGGCUUCGAUACUUUGGACAAGGCGUUGGUAGUCUGGCAAGAUCCGGACUAUCCUAACAAAGAACAGAUCCUGGCUGCAAACCCCGGUGCCAAGAAUCCGAACAUACAUCGCCGUGUGGACAUCAUUCUAUCGCCCUGGAAGACAGUAGGCUGUGCUGUUGUUGGCUGGUCAGGUGGAACCACUUUCGAACGAGACCUCAGACGGUAUGCGAAGAACCAGAUGGGUUGGAAGUUCGAUAGCUCGGGGGUGAGAGAUCGUGGGAAUGGGCAAGCUGUGGAUAUCGAGGGCUAUGUCAGUUGGAAAGGGAAGGAGGAGCCUGAAUGUCGUGCGAAGACGAUGGAGGAAGCGGAGAGGAGGGUUUUUGAAGGAUUUGGCUUGGAGUGGAGGGAGCCUACGGAGAGGGUGACAGGAUAG